AUGUCGAUACCCGGUAGGGAAUCGACAAAUCAACCAUCUUCAUCUAAAAUAAGGAAAUGUGUAAGCUGUCUGAAAGACGUUUUAAACGUUGAUCGACCAAUUUUCCAUUUACCAUGUUUACAUUCAUUGUGCUUUAAAUGUAGAGGUAAGUCGACGAAUCUGUAAGACUUUUUUUGUUUCUAGAUGCUCAAAAGGUGAAUUUGGAUAGAUUUUUGCAUUGUACAUAUUGCAAUCAACAGUUCUCAGCCGAUGUUGUUUACGAUGAAUACAUUCCUGAUUCGCGGAGGACGUGAGUUAACUCAGUAGUCUUUUAUUUUUUAUUUUAGAAAAUGUGGAGCUCCAGAAUGUUAUAAUAAUGAACCACAACGGAUAACACAUUAUUGUUUGACAUGUACUGUCUAUUUGUGUGGGUAUUGUUUAAAAAACCACAAUCGUCAGCAUAAUAUUCGAGAGGUAAGUUAUUAGUUAAAUAGUAUAAGUUUGCAAAUAUAAAGAUGGUUAACAAAUGUUUUUAAAAUUCUUUAAACUUUAUUUUAUAGUCUAUAAGAUUAUUUUAGUCCAAAAAUUACAUUCCAAUGAUAUCAAGAUGCAUCAAUUCUGCGCAUUACGACAGGACGGCGGUCUACGUUUGCGGAUGUGGAGCGGUAGGAGAUGUGCCUUUGUCAUUAUAUUUAUUUUUAGAGGUUAUGCAAUGAAUGUCUCGAUUCACAUCGAUCUGCAUGUCGAAAAAGUAACACGAUUGGUACUUUUACUGAGAUCAAUUCCAAAGCCAUUAAUUGCUUAAAACCGUUAAUGGAGAAUGACAGAAAGAGCUUAGAUUAUUAUCACUGUUUGUAUGUUUUGCCUUUAAUUUGAAAAUGUUUUUUAAAAGUUUUUGAUAUUGUUUAUUUUAAGUACAACAUUUUAAACAUUCAAAAAUUUUUAGAUUACAAGGUCUGCAGAUAAAGAGACGAAUGGUUAUGGCAGAGUUCCAAAAUUCUAGGACACAAUUAGCGUACGACUGCCAGCGAAUGGUGUCUCUCCUAAUUCAAAGGUUUAACGACUUGUCGGAUUCGUUAGAAAUGUGCCAAAAUCAAUAUAUGGUUCACUUUAAAAAAGUGGAACAUGACAUAACAGAAGAAACGAAUCGGAUAGCGACUAUAAACAACUUAGAGAAGAAGAUAGUAACACUAAAACAACAAGACAUUAUACCGUUUGCUUCUUUUAUUAAAUGUGCGUCCAACUUUGCUGACAAGAGAGGAAAGUACAACAAAUCUAAUUUGGACAAUAUUCUUCCGUUACCAUCAGUUCGAAUUGAUCUUGCUCAUAGUCCUCAAUCUAGCAACUUUGUUCAGUUUUUAAGUGGCUUUGGCUCUGUUGUAGUAAACAAUAUUAGACAGGUGAGUAGAUAGUGUUAUGGGCUUUAUGUUUUUAGACUGUUCGAUCUAACUUUGAUAAACCCUUGGCUUUUGUGCUGCCUCCAAAAUUAAACCCAGCGGAGAUGGGACAUCAAGCAGAAAUGGGGCUACGAUGUUUUAAUGGAAAAGAAUACGAAAAGGCUGACAAAGAAAAGUUCAGGAGACUUGUGAAACCUUUGUCUGACGAGGAAUUGAAGGAAAGGUGUUUUCAACUGGAGUUAGAGCUGGAUUAUUACAAACGGCUAACUAAAAGCUUAGAAACUGAUUCCAAGAUUGGGACAGAGAAUGUCAGGCAUUUACCGGUAGAACGUGCUGAACACGACUCUCAUAUUAUUGCACCCCAAAUGAAUAACGUAAGAUAAAAAUUUUAAAUUAUAUGCAUAAUACACACAUAUGAGUAUGAGUAAAGCAUUUAAACAAUUUAAAUAUUAAAGGUUCACCUUCCUGGUCCUUCAACAAGUCGAUCUCAUCCAGUUGUUUUAAAUCGCAACAGAGUCAGUAUGCCCAACUUUGGGAUGGGAAUGCAACCUCCUAUCCGCCUCAAUGGAAUUCAUGCUCAAUCACCUCAAUUUCAAAACAGCCCUCAAGGGUUUAUGUUUCCCCAGUCGCCAAAUCACACAAAUCUGCUUAGAAACACGAAUCAGUCAGAAUUGCAGCAAUUAAUGUUUUCUAAUUCUCCGGUAAAUUUUUUUGACUGCUUUAAGAAUAUACUUACUUAAAUUUUUAUCAAUACAUUUUCAGUCAAAUGCUCAAUCUUCGGAAAUAGUUACAAUAACAUUAGAAGACGAAUUGCGACCCAACCCUAACAUAAUAGAUUUAAAUAACUUAUCUAAUUCUACUAAUCAGACGCCUUCUGGAAUUCAUGAAAAUAAUCAGAAUAAUGUAACUGAUAAGGACGCUACAUACCGGCGGUCGCGGUCUGUCGUGUAUCAUAGUUCGUUAAGAGAGAAUCAUGAUAUUGUUUCUAAUUCAGCGCCAAAUUCAAACGCACAGCCAGUUUCUGAAAGUCCCUCUAACAGAUCAGGGAGGGAGAAGUCACACGAUAGCCACAAGUCAGAUAAAAGUGGUCGAUAUCGCGCAGUGCCGUCUGUUGGUUUGAAAAUACGAAUUCGACGAGAAGAGGUGGAGCCAACACCUGUAAAUGAAGAACCAUUUGAAGCACUACAAGGGCCAUCUGAUGAUGUUGACGGUGAAAAGAGCAGGAAAGCACAAACAACAGAAUCUCAACAAGACGAGUGGGACGACUAUUGCUACAGUUGUAAUGAAGGAUGUGAUGAUAUUUCUGGAGAUCUUGGUUGUUGUUCUUCUUGUCCAAAAGUGUUCCAUCAGUUAUGUCACUCGCCCCGGUGUACUGUACCUAUGGCACAACUUCCAGACGAGUGGAGAUGUUCGAUAUGUACACCAUUGGAUCCGAUAACUGAAUGGUCUGAAUAUAUGACUCCUGCAAUUAGCUUGGUAUGUAAAAAGUUUAUAAAUAGUAGAUUUUUCUUGUUGUAAUUUAGUAAAGAAUUUUAUUUAUAAUUUGGGCUUUUUAAUAAUUUUUUGCAGGCUUGUUCGAAGGUUUUACUGGCCUGUUUGGACGAUUCUCAACAAUCAGACCCGUUCAGGAAGCCUGUUGACAAAAAAUUUUUGGAUUAUUAUACUAUUAUUUCGCGGCCGAUGGAUUUUACAACUAUUAACACACGACUGUCAAACGGCUUUUACAGUAGUCCAAAACAUUUUAUUGCAGACAUGAAUCAAGUCUUUAUCAAUUGCUCAACGUUUAAUUCGGUAAGAGAUUGUGUCGAAAAGAUGGAUAAGUAAUUAUAAUAGUUGUUUACAUUUGCUACAUAGACAAGUUUGUAUUAUACUUCUAAAAUUUAUGUAAAUUUUUAGCCAGAAAACCCAUUGGCAAAGUGUGGUAUAAACGUGUACAAGAAGUAUAUGGAAGCUGUCAAGAAACACAUGCCGGUCUUCUCGGGCGGGGUGUGGAUGUAUGUGUGCCUUCACAAGGACGAUGAGCCUGUACAAAAGAAACGUCGAAGAAACCAGUGA